CACCGUGUUCCUGGAUUUCUGGAGUGCCGCGCCCCUGCUCUCGACUUCAUCGCAUCGCCUUUUUUUAUUCUCUCUCUUCUUUUGGCAGCACGCCCCCCACGCGCCUGGACUCGCCAUCAGCACGGACAUCUGGACACAAAGGCAGGCAGUCUUGCAGACGUCCAGUUCAGUUCCCCUUGUGCAAGUCCCACGACUCGAAACUCAGCGUGCCCGCCACCAUGUCGGACACGGCAAAGCCCGAGGAGUCUCCGGCCGCCGCCCCCGAGCGGGAGCCGGAGACCGACAUCGCCGCCAGCGAGGAGGAAGAGAUCACGGCGAUGAAGCGCCGCGUGGCGGAGAUGGAAGAGGAGGCCAAGAAGCUGCGCGAGAUGCAGGCGACGCUGGAGCAGCAGUCGGCCGACCUCGCCGAUGACAAGGAGUCGGUCGACGCGCGCAGCAUCUUUGUCGGCAACGUCGACUACUCGGCCUCGCCCGAAGAGAUCCAGGCGCACUUUCAGAGCUGCGGCUCCAUCAACCGCGUCACCAUCCUCCUCGACAAGUUCACCGGCCAGCCCAAGGGUUACGCCUACGUCGAGUUCACAGAGCCCAGCCUGGUCGCCCAGGCGCUGGUGCUCAACGAGAGCGUCUUCAAGGGCCGCAACAUUAAGGUGACGCCGAAGCGGACCAACGUCCCGGGCAUGAGCCGUGGCCGCGGCCGCGGCGGCUUCCGCGGCGGGAGAGGCUUCGGACGAGGGAGCUUCCCUCGGGGCGGCUACCGUGGCGGCUACCGGGGGCGUGCCCGUGGCUACACGCCUUACUAGGAGCAAGGAAGUGCAGCCCCCGGCACGGGGUCCGGCGAUGGUAUCGAACGGGACGCUGAAUCCGGCUUCUACGGUCCUGUAGGAUAUCGCAGUUACAUGUAACAGGUCGCGGGCUCGCGUGGAGGUCCUCCCAGGAUCAGGGCGUCGCGGGCGGAGGUUGUAAUAGCGAUGGGGGUCGGCGCGAAGAUGACGAUGCCGCCGCCACCGAGCUGUACUACAGACGGAGCAGGAGAGGAGGAGGAAAAGAACUUGCCGAUAAAGAAUACCACCGCAAGAGGGGCAAUCUUGGAGUUAAGGUCUGACAUUUGAAGGUUCUGGACAGAACCCAACGGUUUGGCUGGCUAGAUGAACAAACUUGGGUUUUUCCAAACGCGUACCUCUUGUCCUAAGUGAAUGCGCGCGGCUACGAUACAAAGCGACAAGACAGCAGCAGCAGCAGCAGCAGCA